GAAUUUCACAUUUAUUGCUUUAUUUGGUAAAUGUCGGAUCUAGUUUGAAUUUGCUCCUUGGAUUUCACUAUCUUUCACAAUGGGUCUGGAAACCAAAUUAUUCGAAGGAGAUGUGGAUGAGUCUUUCAUUUGCAAAUUGUGUCACAAGGUGUUCCUAAAUCCGGUGUCUUCAUCUUGUAAACAUUUGUUUUGCAACAACUGUAUCCAAAAACGUUUCCAGUAUGAAACACUGAAACACUGCCCGAUUUGCAAGACAAAGUUUACAGACAAGCUCACGCAACCUUCCAAUGAGUUCAAGCUUAAGUUAUUGCAGCUCAGGAUAAUGUGUAGCAAUAAAUGUGGAAAAGUGGUGCUUUUGGGUGAGCUUCCAGAUCAUGUGAGUGACAUGUGUCCCCAUACACCCGUCACGUGUCCUUUCUACGGGAAAGGAUGUCGAAAAAAGAUUCGGAGAUGCGACAUCAAACGCCAUCUAAAAGAGUGUGAUUUUCGUGAAGUGGUCUGCGAAGCUUGCGGCUACACUACUAUUUUUCGAGAUUUGUUUACGCAUCAAAGCAGGACAAAGUGUUUAGAGAAGAAACUUAAGCAGCAAAUAAUUCGUGAGUUUAGACAUACAAAUAGAGAAGUUCGUCGUCAUAAGUCACUUCUAAAUAGGCAGCACGUAAAGAGGGACAUUUUACUGAGACAAAAAGAGCUUGAACACAGUCGAAAUCUCCAGAGCAGUCGCUUGUCAUCCAGUAGAAGGUUUGGGUCACUGGAAAGUUUGGCCAAUAGCAAUACCAGCACAAGCGUGUUCUUAACAGAGAACGUUUUGCAGAAGUGCUUCAAAGGGGGUCAAGGUCAAAGUGGCAGUUCCCUCGUUUCAGAUUCCACGUCCGUCGGCAGCCGUGCUCCCCUCCCCUCUAGAUCAGGGCAUAAUGUGUUCGAAUGUAUGCGGUGUAAAAAGCUUUUCAAACCACAAUACAACCAUGAAGGUGCCUGUAGAUGGCAUCAAGGGCCGGUAAGUAUAUUUUUUUCUAUAUGCAAUUCAGUACGUUUAUGCCCUAUGCAGUGACUCUCUUU